GCUACACAGCCUCCAGGAGCCCGUUUCCUAUGGCUUUUAGCCAGGAAGGUCGAUCUUAAGAUGCUAACAGUGAAUAGUCACCCAUCUAGAAGAGAAGGGCAUCAGUGAAAUCAUCCAAGUAAAUCAUCCAGAUCGAUGAAAGGGUACCAGACAUAAUACAAGAAUAAACAUGGCGGAACGUAGGUCACAGCAGAAAGGGAGCGUCGUCGAUCGUCAGCUUAGUAAGGGGAAAGCAGAGGUCAACAUAAGCACCUUUGCAUUACUGUUUUCUGAAAUGGUUCAAUACUGUCAGAGUAGGGUCGGCUCCGUUCCUGAGUUACAGAGCAAGUUGUCUGAGAUGGGACAGCAUGUCGGCGUUCGGAUUCUUGACCUCCUCUUCAUCCGAGAGAAAGGACUGAAGAGAGAAACCAAACUCCUGAAUAUUCUUCUCUUCAUCAAGGCAAAUGUCUGGAAGGUCCUUUUUGGUAAGGAGGCUGACAAGUUAGAACACGCAAAUGAUGAUGAAAGAACGUAUUAUAUCAUUGAGAAAGAGUCUCUCGUUAACCAUUUCAUCUCGGUGCCGAAGGAUAAAGGUAGUUUGAACUGUGCUGCGUUUACAGCAGGGAUUCUGGAGGCUAUUCUCACUGGAUGCAACUUUCCGGCCAAAGUAACAGCACAUUGGCACAAAGGGACAACUUACAUGAUCAAGUUUGAAGAUUCAGUUCUUGCCAGAGACAAAGCGUUGGAUCAACGGUAGCGCAGCGUAGAACUAGCAUCACUCUAGGGUUGUAAAUUAUAGAUGUGUAGAUUGUAAGGACAACAGACUUCACUUUCCUGACUUAAAAAUAUUUUUUUUUUAAUUGUCUUAUUUCAAAAUCAUUAUGUGAAUUGAUGGAAAUUUGGUAAAAUAAUUUAUUAACCAGACAAAAUGUACAAACCUGCAUGUAUGCGUAAUGUGCAAAGAACCAGUCAAAAUGAUGUAUAGUUUUCUCUCAUUGCAUAUUUAGCAGUGGACAUUCUUUUUUUUUUCUCUUUUCGUUUUAAUAAAUAUUUGCAUAUUUAUAAUCAUCCAAAUAUCCAAAGCUGACAAGAUUAAGAAAUAAUUAUGAAGAAAUGUGUCUCAGGGUACCAGUCAAGUAACACCCUGGAAAUGGAAGAGCAAGUUUCCUCUUUGUUCGACCAAUCAGAAGCGGAGAAGCAGAAAGUUUCCUCGACCAAUCAACCAAUCAGAAACGUUCUUACUUGUUCAGGGCGGGAAGUGAAUUAUCUAAUUUUCACCAGUUGAGGGCGCUCUUGCAUUUCACUGGUCCAGUUUUGCACAUUUGGAGCAAGCAUGUGUGCAGGUACGGUGCAGACGGAUAAGAAGAAAAUGCAUUGUAAUCCAACGAUCUCCUGGUGAGAAUUAUUUUGCAGAACCAUCAGUGGUGAGUGUAAAUUUAUUUCUGUCAUAAAAAUAUAGGGAAUGCAUGAUGAGAUGUCUCUCUGUGUGUAGAUGAUUUCAAAUGUUGAUAGUGGUAGAACAGUCGAGGGAAAUAAACUUGAAAAUGUAACUGU